AUGGAGUCCAAAGUCGAGGCCUCUGCGCCCAAGGUCACUGUCACAGCCUUGGAGGAAUCUAAUUCUGAUUCUUCAUCUAUCGAGAAUGGAUUCCAGCCACCCGAGCGGAGAGUCGUGCAAGCAAAUCUGGCGAUCUUGGCCGGCGUGCUUCUUCCUUGUAUCCCUAUUGUUGCCGUCUCCGCGGCUCUCCUUGGGAUUCUCUUCUACCAUCGUGUCGACCUGAACCCGGGCCAUGCAGAGCUCCAUAUACCGACAAAUGAAGUGGACAAGAACAUCACCAACUGGAUCACCUUGAUUCGGAAGCAGGGCGGCGAGUGGGCAUACUAUGUCGAGUACAACCCUUCGACCCUCACGACCAUCGCCUCGUGGACCAGCCGAGUUCUUCCAUGGUGUGCAUCCUCCAUCAUGGCCCUGGUCGCAUUCUAUGCGGCUAGGCACAUCGUCUUGAAGAGCCACAGAGGCAACGGGUCUGAUCUGCCUAACCCGCAACAGCUCACAAUCCUCAUCAACGUCCUGGGUGGAUCCAGCUGGGGCCCUAUCAAAGACACGGUGUUGCAUCGCUAUCGCAGUCGAGAGCGAUUGGUAUCGCCGCUGCCGUUAUCAACUCUGGCCCUUUUCGCCAUCACUCUUUUGGGGCUCAUCAUACCAAUCCUUGAUAGCUGGUUCGGAAUCGCUACAACCGCACCCAUUGUAACGCAACUCUACCCUCGAGACGCUCAGUUGUCCUUCGGGAGACAGUUGUCCAGCUCCGACUCCGGCUCAUUCUGUCAAGGCAAUCCCCGGGGAACGAAUGACUGCAUACGCCAAAACACCUUCUGGCCUUGUAACGUUUGGAACUACGAGUGCUACCCCGUUGCCAGCUUGCUUGGGGUUGGUGACGCACCCAAGAUUACCCAGGACGCCUCAUCAAACCACAAGGCGUGGAAUUACACCGAUGCCUCUGGAACCAAUUACUACUACUUGGGCAGUCCGAACCAGGAUGCACUGGUCGACUUCAAGGCUCACACUUUCGCCACCAGUACGCAAUGUGUCCCCAUCACACACAAGUGUUACAAAUACUCGCGCGAUGACAACAGUAACUUUGAAGACGCUGGAAUCUUCAACUGCACUGACGAAUUCCAUGGCUCGCUGUAUAGCAACAUCCUUCGUGACAGUCCGGAAAAGCAGGUUUCUCCUAACAUCGGCGUCGCGUUUGCCCAAAAUCCCGAACUGACCGUCGUGGGGGACGUGGUCAACGGGCCUUCCGCCGAUGAUGUGGCCUUGCGGGCGCAAUACACGUUCCCUAAGCUCUAUACAACGAAUCCUUUGUACUUCGGCGCUUGGGCUAUCGGCUACCCGCAAGCCGACCCCGUCAAUACCCUUGCCAGUCCAUUCGCCAGCGACGACAAGGGUAUUGCCUGGGCAGCCGACCUUGACCCAGGCAAUGGCGCCACGUGGCAACUCAAUUGUUCAACGACCGUCUACGAUGUCAGCUACACGUGGAUCGAUGGUGCCGUGCACACGUUCAACAAAACCAAGUCUACGACCGACAUGGCCGCUCUGCUAAGCGCACCAUUCGCGUACGCCGCGAAUCUCAGCGCCAUACCGCUGGCGCUGUCGUCAGUCGCUCAGACUGCGUCGGUGCUCAACACCUCGGUCGGCCUCGCGAACGCCUUUGCUGACGAGAUGAGCAAGACCAUGCUGGCGUAUGCCAUCGGCGCCAUGGAGCCCAAGCUCAACCUGCUCGAGCAGGGCCGCAACUCGACGCUGCACGUUGCCCGCGUCCCAAUAGUACCGCUGUACCUGCUACUGGCGACGAAAGCCGUCUUUGUCGUGGUCGUGCUAGUACUCGCCGUUGGUGCGUAUUGCUUCAGCCACCCCAGCGAGACCGAGGCCGUGCGGUCCGCACUGAGUGCAAAGGGCCUGGCCGCCGCGCACUUCCAGUCCCCAGAUCUAAUGCAGUCCAACGUGGUCAAGGAGGUCCAAAGCCGGUUGGAGGCCGUGAGAGGAGCUGAACCGCCGCAGCAACCACCAACCCCACACGAAAAGCAUGAAGCCGCGCAGCAAGACCUCGACGAUGACAUGUCUUCUCGGCCCAAACUACAGCACGCCGCGACGGCACCCGUCCAAGGCAACUUGCCCGCGCGCGAGGCCCGAGUCGGCCUGCUUCCGGCGGCAGAUGGAUCGUGGCAGUUUGUCAUGGUGGCUAAUGGUGUGUGGAAUAGCAUCAAGCCCAUCGUCAAAAGCAUCGUGGUCUCUGAUGCGGCCGCCGGAGGCUUGGGUGAUGUGGGCAAGGUCAUCACUGCGUGGAAAUGA